AUGCUUGCUGGAAUCAAGGACAAGCUCAGACGCGCCAAGAAGUUUGCCCGCUCGUUGAUAAGCGGCCGCCCGUCUCUGCAACAGCCGGCCGAAAGCAGUGACGACAGAAUGCCUGUGCCUGCGCAUAAGUCGGCCGCCAAUGACCAGCAUCCAGAUACUCUGCCCGGCACAAUCAUGACGGAAUCGGCCAAGGACCCCGUCGAGACGGCGUCCCAGAACAGCCUGAAGCGGACGAGCCCUCACGACGAACAAGCCGGCAGCGAGUGGCAAGUCGUCACUCGACCACGCAAGAAGCCGAAAAAGGUCCCGCGUCCCGGAAAAGGAGGCUAUCCCGCCUUGACCUUCUCUCCCAACGCGCGCCUGCAGUCCAAGCUCAACCUCAGCAACCUGCGCGACCUAAUAACCUACAUCUUUGCCGAUGGUGCGGGCCCCCAGUGGAUUAGUGUUUCCCACCGACCGCAGUUCAGGAAGAUUGUCGCCAUCAUGGUCCCCGGCCUGGAGGAGGCCAUGUUUGAGAAGAGCGUCGACCUCUCGACAUACAAUGACGACGACGACGACGACGACGGCUACGGCCAUGUCGGCCGCAUCGACCGUGGCGGAUCGCGGCCAGUCGCCGUCACAUCGCCCGACGACUACUACCCUAGGAGCCUGCAAAAGGACAAGCUGCCCGAGGCGCUGCAGCCCUUUGCCGACAUGUUCCCCCUGCUGUGGCCGGUUCGGACCCCCGGCGAUGACAAGAACGGCAAGAUGCAUUCCCCCAUGACCGCCUUCCUCACCGCUCCCGCGCCCAAGGAGAGGACCUCGAAACCGGGGGGCAUCAAGCCUGCCACGGAGCCUCAGGGCUGGCGCAACGACAGAACCCCCAUCACGCACUUCCUGGCCACGGCGGAUGAGCUGGCGGAAAACGGAUACCUGGUUCACCCGGCUCUCCUGGCGCAGGGCAGCCAGCGCGACCGCUUCGUGGUGCCGGAUGGGUGGGUCGUCACCAAGGUGGGCGACCUCUCCGAGGCAGACGUUCCAGACAGCCAGAUAGAAAAGGGGAGCGUCACGGCAGGGCGCGAGGUAUUGGCGCUGGACUGCGAAAUGUGCCUGACGGGCGAGAACGAGCUCUCCCUCACGCGCGUCAGCAUCGUCAACUGGGACGGCGAGGUGGUCAUGGACGAGCUGGUCAAGCCGGACAAGCCCAUCGUCGACUACGUGACGCGCUUCUCGGGCAUCACGGAGGAGAUGCUCGCGCCGGUGACCACGACGCUGGGCGACAUCCAGGCGCGGCUGGUCGAGCUGCUGCACCCGCGCGCCAUCCUCGUGGGCCACUCGCUCGAGUCGGACACCAAGGCCAUGCAGCUGGCCCACCCCUUCGUCGUCGACACGUCCAUGCUGUUCCCGCACCCGCGCGGGCCGCCCCUCAAGUCGUCGCUCAAGUACCUGGCGCAAAAGUACCUGGCGCGCGAGAUCCAAAAGGGCGGGGCGGACGGGCACAACAGCGUCGAGGACGCCCGCACGUGCCUGGACCUGGUCAAGCAAAAGUGCGAAAAGGGCAAGCUGUGGGGCGCGGGCGAGCACCAGGGCGAGAACCUGUUCCGGCGCCUGGCGCGAGCCGGCACCACGUACAAGGCCCAGGGGGGGGACGCGGCCGUCGGCGGCGUCGAGGCCGGCAAGACCAGCGCCGCCGUGGACUGGGGCGACCCGGCCAAGGGCCUCGGCGGCGGCGCCACCUACCAGCUGGGCUGCCGGUCGGACGAGGACGUCGCCGAGGGCGUGGUGCGCGCCGUCAACGGCGACCCGGACGGCUCGCACAUCCGCGGCGGCGGCGUGGACUUUGUGUGGGCGCGCAUGCGCGAGCUCGAGGCCCUGCAAGGGUGGUGGAACAAGGGCCGCGUCGACAGGGCCGGCUCGGACGGCGGGCCGCCGGACGACGCGACCGCGGCCCCGCCGUCGUCGUCGUCGUCGUCGUCGCCGUCGCUCGAGCAGGCCCUCGUCCGGCUCACGGAGCGCCUCGUCCGCAUCCACGCCGCCCUGCCCCCCUGCACGGCCUUUAUCGUCUACAGCGGCUCCGGGGACCCCCGCAAGAUGGCCCAGCUGCAGCAGAUGCAGGCCCAGUGGAGGAAAGAGUACAACGCCCCGGGCAGCAAGUGGGACCAGCUGAGCGUCAAGUGGACAGACGUGGAGGACCAGGCCCUGCGGAGGGCUGCGCAAAAGGCUCGCUCGGGCAUUGCCUUUGUCGGCGUCAAGUAG